CCCCGCUCCAGGGUGGAGGUCGGAGGUCACUGCCAAGCAUGGCGUCUGCCUGGGGCCCUGGCGUGGCAUCUGUCGUUGGUCCCAUGGGCCUCCUUGUGGUCCUGCUAGUCGGAGGCUGCACGGCAGAAGAGCCCCCCAGGUUUAUCAAAGAACCCAAAGACCAGAUUGGUGUGUCAGGGGGCGUGGCCUCCUUCGUGUGUCAGGCCACGGGCGACCCCAAGCCACGGGUGACCUGGAAUAAGAAGGGCAAGAAGGUCAACUCUCAGCGCUUUGAGACAAUCGAGUUUGAUGAGAGUGCAGGGGCUGUGCUGAGGAUCCAGCCACUGCGGACACCCCGGGAUGAAAAUGUGUACGAGUGUGUGGCCCAGAACUCGGUUGGGGAGAUCACGGUCCAUGCCAAGCUCACUGUCCUCCGAGAGGACCAGCUGCCCUCAGGUUUCCCCAACAUUGACAUGGGCCCCCAGCUAAAGGUGGUGGAACGGACACGGACAGCCACCAUGCUGUGUGCCGCCAGUGGCAACCCUGACCCCGAAAUCACCUGGUUCAAGGACUUCCUGCCUGUGGACCCCAGUGCCAGCAAUGGGCGCAUCAAGCAGCUGCGAUCAGGAGCCCUGCAGAUCGAAAGCAGCGAAGAGACUGACCAGGGCAAAUACGAGUGUGUGGCCACCAACAGUGCCGGUGUGCGCUACUCGUCACCCGCCAACCUCUACGUGCGAGAGCUUCGAGAAGUCCGACGUGUGGCUCCUCGUUUUUCCAUCUUGCCCAUGAGCCACGAGAUCAUGCCAGGGGGCAACGUGAACAUCACCUGUGUGGCCGUGGGCUCGCCCAUGCCCUAUGUCAAGUGGAUGCAGGGGGCCGAGGACCUGACGCCUGAGGAUGACAUGCCCGUGGGUCGGAAUGUGCUGGAACUCACGGACGUAAAGGACUCGGCCAACUAUACUUGCGUGGCCAUGUCCAGUCUAGGCGUCAUCGAGGCAGUGGCCCAGAUCACAGUGAAAUCUCUCCCCAAAGCCCCUGGGACUCCCAUGGUGACAGAGAACACAGCCACCAGCAUCACCAUCACGUGGGACUCGGGUAACCCGGACCCUGUGUCUUAUUAUGUCAUCGAAUAUAAAUCCAAGAGCCAGGACGGGCCGUAUCAGAUUAAGGAGGACAUCACCACCACGCGCUACAGCAUCGGUGGCCUGAGCCCCAACUCUGAGUACGAGAUCUGGGUGUCGGCCGUCAACUCCAUUGGCCAGGGCCCCCCCAGCGAGUCGGUGGUCACCCGUACGGGCGAGCAGGCGCCAGCCAGCGCGCCGCGGAACGUGCAGGCCCGCAUGCUGAGCGCCACCACCAUGAUCGUCCAGUGGGAGGAGCCGGUGGAGCCCAACGGCUUGAUCCGUGGCUACCGUGUCUACUACACCAUGGAGCCCGAGCACCCCGUGGGCAACUGGCAGAAGCACAAUGUGGACGACAGCCUGCUGACCACCGUGGGCAGCCUGCUGGAGGAUGAGACCUACACCGUGCGCGUGCUGGCCUUUACCUCCGUGGGCGACGGGCCCCUCUCGGACCCCAUCCAGGUCAAGACGCAGCAGGGAGUGCCAGGCCAGCCCAUGAACCUGCGGGCAGAGGCCAAGUCAGAGACGAGCAUCGGGCUGUCGUGGAGCCCCCCGCGGCAGGAGAGCAUCGUCAAGUACGAGCUCCUCUUCCGGGAAGGCGACCACAGCAGGGAGGUGGGGAGGACCUUCGACCCGACGACCAACUUCGUGGUGGACGACCUCAAGCCCAACACGGAGUACGCCUUCCGCCUGGCGGCCCGGUCGCCACAGGGUCUGGGCGCCUUCACCUCGGUGGUGCGGCAGCGCACGCUGCAGUCCAAACCGUCAGCCCCCCCUCAAGACGUUAAAUGUGUCAGCAUGCGCUCCACGGCCAUUUUGGUAAGUUGGCGCCCGCCACCGCCAGAAACGCACAACGGGGCCCUGGUGGGCUACAGCGUCCGCUACCGACCGCUGGGCUCAGAGGACCCGGAACCCAAGGAGGUGAACGGCAUCCCCCCGACCACCACUCAGAUCCUGCUGGAGGCGCUGGAGAAGUGGACCGAGUACCGCAUCACGACUGUCGCUCAUACAGAGGUGGGACCAGGGCCCGAGAGCUCGCCCGUGGUCAUCCGCACCGACGAGGACGUGCCCAGCGCGCCACCGCGGAAAGUGGAGGCAGAGGCGCUCAACGCCACGGCCAUCCGCGUGCUGUGGCGCUCACCCGCGCCCGGCCGGCAGCACGGCCAGAUCCGCGGCUACCAGGUCCACUACGUGCGCAUGGAAGGCGCCGAGGCCCGCGGGCCGCCGCGCAUCAAGGAUAUCAUGCUGGCCGAUGCCCAGUGGGAGACGGACGACACGGCUGAAUAUGAGAUGGUCAUCACAAACCUGCAGCCUGAGACUGCGUACUCCGUCACGGUAGCCGCCUACACCAUGAAAGGCGAUGGCGCUCGCAGCAAACCCAAGGUGGUAGUGACCAAGGGAGCAGUGCUGGGCCGCCCCACCCUGUCGGUGCAGCAGACCCCCGAGGGCAGCCUGCUGGCACGCUGGGAGCCCCCAGCUGGCACCACCGAGGACCAGGUGCUGGGUUACCGCCUGCAGUUUGGCCGCGAGGACUCGACGCCCCUGGCCACACUGGAGUUCCCGCCCUCCGAGGACCACUACACGGCAUCGGGCGUGCACAAGGGGGCCACGUACAUUUUCCGGCUGGCGGCCCGGAGCCGUGGCGGCCUGGGCGAGGAGGCGGCCGAGGUCCUGAGCAUCCCCGAGGACACCCCCCGUGGCCACCCACAGAUCCUGGAGGCAGCCGGCAAUGCCUCAGCUGGCACCGUCCUGCUCCGCUGGCUGCCACCCGUGCCUGCUGAGCGCAACGGGGCCAUUGUCAAGUACACGGUGGCUGUGCGCGAGGCCGGCGCCCUGGGCCCUGCCCGAGAGACCGAGCUGCCAGCGGCGGCUGAGCCAGGGGCCGAGAACGCGCUCACACUGCAGGGCCUCAAGCCCGACACAGCCUAUGACCUCCAAGUGCGAGCUCACACGCGCCGGGGCCCCGGCCCCUACAGCCCCCCUGUCCGCUACCGGACGUUCCUGCGNNGCACAGUCUCUCCCAAGAACUUCAAGGUGAAGAUGAUCAUGAAGACGUCCGUUCUGCUCAGCUGGGAGUUCCCCGAUAAUUACAACUCACCCACGCCCUACAAGAUCCAGUACAACGGGCUCACACUGGACGUGGAUGGCCGCACCACGAAGAAACUCAUCACACACCUCAAACCUCACACCUUCUACAACUUCGUGCUGACCAAUCGCGGCAGCAGCUUGGGUGGCCUCCAGCAGACGGUCACCGCCUGGACCGCCUUCAACCUGCUCAGCAGCAAACCCAGCGUCGCUCCUAAGCCUGACGCCGAUGGCUUCAUCAUGGUUUAUCUGCCCGAUGGCCAGAGCCCCGUGCCUGUCCAGAGCUACUUCAUUGUGAUGGUGCCAUUGCGCAAGUCUCGUGGAGGCCAGUUCCUGACCCCACUAGGUAGCCCAGAGGACAUGGAUCUGGAGGAGCUCAUCCAAGACAUCUCCCGGCUGCAGAGGCGCAGCCUGCGGCACUCGCGCCAGCUGGAGGUGCCCCGGCCCUACAUUGCAGCUCGCUUCUCCGUUCUGCCACCCACCUUCCAUCCUGGUGACCAGAAGCAGUACGGUGGCUUUGACAACCGGGGUCUGGAGCCUGGCCACCGAUAUGUUCUCUUUGUGCUUGCUGUGCUACAGAAGAGCGAGCCUACAUUUGCAGCCAGUCCCUUCUCAGACCCCUUCCAGCUGGAUAACCCAGACCCUCAGCCCAUCGUGGACGGCGAGGAGGGGCUCAUCUGGGUGAUCGGGCCCGUGCUGGCUGUGGUCUUCAUCAUCUGCAUUGUUAUCGCCAUUCUGCUCUACAAGAACAAACCCGACAGUAAGCGCAAGGACUCAGAGCCCCGCACCAAAUGCCUCCUGAACAAUGCCGACCUCGCCCCCCACCACCCCAAGGACCCCGUGGAAAUGCGACGUAUUAACUUCCAGACUCCAGAUUCAGGCCUCAGCAGCCCCCUCAGGGAGCCGGGGUUUCGCUUUGAAAACUCCCUGGCCAGCCCCGGCCCACGCUCACUCCCAUUCUCUUGCCUGGUGCAGAUUAAGUGUGAUCAGUACUGGCCCAAUAGAGGCACAGAGACCUACGGCUUCAUUCAGGUCACAUUGCUGGACACCAUCGAGCUGGCCACAUUCUGCGUGAGGACAUUCUCCCUGCACAAGAAUGGCUCCAGUGAGAAACGUGAGGUCCGCCAGUUCCAGUUCACAGCGUGGCCAGACCAUGGAGUGCCUGAGUACCCAACGCCCUUCCUGGCUUUCCUGCGGAGAGUGAAGACCUGCAACCCACCCGACGCCGGCCCCAUCGUGGUCCACUGCAGCGCUGGUGUGGGCCGCACAGGCUGCUUCAUUGUCAUCGACGCCAUGCUGGAGCGGAUCAAGCCAGAGAAGACAGUGGAUGUGUAUGGCCACGUGACGCUCAUGCGGUCGCAGCGCAACUACAUGGUACAGACUGAGGACCAGUACAGCUUCAUCCACGAGGCACUGCUGGAGGCCGUGGGCUGUGGCAACACAGAGGUGCCCGCCCGCAGCCUCUACGCCUACAUCCAGAAGCUGGCCCAGGUGGAGCCUGGCGAGCACGUCACGGGCAUGGAGCUCGAGUUCAAGCGUCUGGCCAACUCCAAGGCCCACACAUCCCGCUUCAUUAGUGCCAAUCUGCCUUGUAACAAGUUCAAGAACCGGCUGGUGAACAUCAUGCCCUACGAGAGCACACGGGUCUGUUUGCAGCCCAUCCGGGGCGUGGAGGGCUCUGACUACAUCAAUGCCAGCUUCAUUGACGGCUACAGGCAGCAGAAGGCCUACAUCGCCACGCAGGGGCCUCUGGCAGAGACCACGGAAGACUUCUGGCGCAUGCUCUGGGAAAACAACUCAACCAUCGUGGUGAUGCUGACCAAGCUGCGGGAGAUGGGCCGGGAGAAGUGUCAUCAGUACUGGCCAGCAGAGCGCUCUGCCCGUUACCAGUACUUCGUGGUGGAUCCAAUGGCAGAAUACAACAUGCCUCAGUAUAUCCUGCGGGAGUUCAAGGUCACAGAUGCCCGGGACGGCCAGUCCCGGACUGUCCGACAGUUUCAGUUCACAGACUGGCCGGAACAGGGUGUGCCAAAGUCGGGGGAGGGCUUCAUUGACUUCAUCGGCCAAGUGCAUAAGACCAAGGAGCAGUUUGGCCAGGAUGGUCCCAUCUCUGUCCACUGCAGUGCCGGCGUGGGCAGGACAGGGGUCUUCAUCACUCUCAGCAUCGUGCUGGAACGGAUGCGGUAUGAAGGCGUGGUGGACAUCUUUCAGACAGUGAAGAUGCUGCGGACCCAGCGGCCAGCCAUGGUGCAGACAGAGGACGAGUACCAGUUCUGUUACCAGGCGGCACUGGAGUACCUCGGAAGCUUUGACCACUAUGCAACCUAAAGCCAUGGUCCCCCCUGGCCCGACACCACCGGCCCCAGAUGCCUCUGCCCACACUGGGUGGACCCUCGGAGGCCUGACCCGCAGCGGGCAGGGCAGGAGGCAGCGGCGGCAGCUGCAUUUCUGCGCAGUCUCUGAGGAUGACGCAGCCCCUCAAGCCCCCGCACGGCACCAGCCGACCCUGCGACCUCCCUGGCCCCGGCCGCUGCCUUCAAAUACUUGGCACAUUCCUCAUUUCCUUUUGAUUCCAAAACAAGAGGUUCCGGAGUGGGGGUGGGGGGGUGGUUAGCAAACAGGGGUGCUCCCAGGACCAGAGGGUGGGGCACAGACCGUGGACUGAGCCCUUGUCCUCCCUGGGGACCCUGCCCUACAGCCUGGGGGCGCUGGGCUUGGGGGCAGAAUCCAGCUUUCUUUUAAAACUCAGUGUAACUGUAUCCUGUGACACUUCCUUUUUUUUUUUUUUUAAAUAGUGUAUUUUUUUUUCCCAUUUUUUUUAAAAGAAGAAACAAACAAAAAAGACUUGUCAGUCAAUGAAUUUAAAGAGAACAACUUUGCUUAUUCAUAUUCUGUUCAAAGACAGUCUAUUUUUUCACUGUAGAAAACGUCCUUGUGUGAUAGUUAUGUUUGCAGACGCGUGUGCUGGGCCCACGGCUGUCCCUUUGGCUUUUUUUUUUCUUAUUGUCAUCAGACAGUGUGCCUCGCUUAUGGACGAAUGGGACAUCCUUUUUGCGCCUGGCUUUUCUUCCCUUUUUGCUUUUUUAUUUCCCCUACUUUGUUUCAUUUUUUUUUUAAUUACAUUUUUAGACAUAUCAAGUACGGUUCUGAGGGUGGGGUAAUGGGGGGGACUCAGGCCCACCAGCGUCAGAUUUGAACCCACCAGGGGAGGGGGUGACACGCUACUGAGGAGAUGGCAGUCCCCAGCCCACCCCACCCCCAUGGCAGCCUGAGCUCCUUAUCUCAGAAGGGUCCUGCUUCUUUGGUGAGAGUGGCCGUGUGCUGCCCCGCAUCAGGGACCCAUUCCCCCUGGGACUGUGGGGUAGUUUGGGGGCAGAAGUAGAAGGAUGGGAUUCCCCCACCCCAAGCAAGUGAGUUUUUCUCUUUGUACAAGAGCAGAUCUGACGUUGCUUUCAACACUGUUUAUUCCAACGGAAGCAGCUGGGUGGUUUUCCCACCUCUGUGUAUGUAGAUAUAUCAACUUUGUAUAAAGGAAGAUCAUCCGACCCUG